GUGAGUGGUUAAGGUGACUUUUUUUUUUUUCAAGAAUGUAUCGCAUGUGACAUCACAGAUGGGGCCUUUUAACCUCAGAUGUUCUGCUGACAGGUCAUUUUUUUCUAUUGUGCUACGGGAUAUCUGACAUUCACAAGCACUCCGUUUUGCAGCCUGGAUCUUUGUGUAGGUUUCUGACUUCAGAUAAAAAUGUUUUGGCUUUUGCCAAUGGUUUUGGCUCUCAUCGCAGUGGUUGACGCCUGUCCGACACCCUGCAGAUGUGAAGAUACUGACAUCAUAAUGUGUUCGGACCAGAGACUUCUGGAGCUCCCUCGUCUGCCUCAGAGUACCAAGCAACUAUAUGCUACACACAACAUGAUUCAAGCUCUUCCAGAUGGUUUGGGAGAACUAACAAUUCUCGAUCUCACCAAGAAUGCCUUCAAUUUGUCACUCAGUACCAACUGGCAGAACAUGAGCAAUCUUACGAAGCUAUUUCUGAGCGGAAAUGGACUGACCACAUUAACACCAAGGCAAUUUCAGGGGCUGUCGAACCUUGAAGUGUUGGAUCUUAGUGACAACCAAAUUAAAACACUGCCUCAGAUGUUCCUUUAUGGUCUGACCAAGCUUCAGGUCCUUAAUCUGAAUAUGAACAAGAUAUUUAGUCUAUCCUAUGGGGUCCUGGAUGGAGCUCCUGCCCUUAAUGACCUCCAACUGAGAAGUAACAUGAUUGAGAUGGUCGAGGUAGGUGUGUUUGAGAACUGCAAACAUCUGGCUAAACUUUAUCUGUCAAUGAAUAACCUAAAAAGUGUAGGUAAUGGAAGUUUUAAGGGUGCCGUAGGGCUAAAACAUCUCGAUCUUAGUCGAAAUGGACUAGUUGCCAUACCUAACGUUGUAUUUCAGUACACUUUGAACCUCUCUAGCCUGUAUCUUCAAAAAAAUAACAUAACUUCAAUUCCUGAGGACAUCUUCUCUGAGAUUCCCACACUGAAGCAUUUGGAUUUGAGUCAUAAUGCUCUUGUUUCCAUAUCCGACGGUUCCCUCAGAGGUCUUUCCCAGCUGGGCGCAUUGGAUCUGAGUUUUAAUCAGUUGCGGAUGCUAACAUCACAUGCAUUCCAAGACUUAGGAAAGCUCGAGAACCUUAAUUUGUAUCACAAUGAACUGAUUUCGCUUCCGGAUGGCUUGUUCAACAAUUUAAGCAGGGUGACAGAGCUUCAGCUGGACAGCAAUAAAAUUUUAGUAAUUUCAUCAGACCUCUUUCACCCACUUUCAGCUUUGCAAGAUCUACAACUGGACAACAAUCAAAUUUCAGAGCUCCAUUCGGACACAUUUCUAAAGCUGAGGAAGCUUAAACAUCUCGAUCUUAGCAACAAUGACCUCAAGAAGAUUUCCACGCAUCUUUUCAAAAAGACACGUCUUUUAAGGGAAAUUAACCUGGAGAACAAUCACAUCCGCUACAUUCAAAAAUCAUCCUUUAAACACUUAGUCAAACUACUGACUCUGAAACUCAGCAACAACCACCUCUCAAGACCCUCCACAGAGCUACUGACUAGUCUUAGUCGUUUACGUGAGUUGUGUCUGAAUGAAAACCAGAUAGAAACCAUUCCUGUUGGAUUUUUCGCAGGUCUUAAAAACCUGAGGUACCUGGAAUUGUCCAACAAUAAAUUGCGUUCCAUCUCUUCUGAUACCUUCAAAGAUCUCUUUGUAUUGAAAGAGCUGGAUCUGAGAUUCAACGCUCUCGAUAAACUUCCAGAAGACGUCUUCACAUCUUUGGGAAAUCUGAAAAGGCUCUACCUGGAAAACAACCAGCUCACACACUUGCCCGCCAAAGUGUUUUCUGCUCUAUCCAGAUUGGAAGAGCUCCAUUUGGAGAAAAACCAACUUCAGCAGAUUCACCCAGCACAGUUUGAGGGCUUAGUGAUGUUACGUGAACUUGAUAUUAAAUUUAAUCAACUGCGCUAUAUGGAAAGUGGGACUCUGACACCUUUAGGAAAUCUAGAACUUAUUGAUCUUAAUGGAAAUCCAUGGGAUUGCUCUUGUGUGUUCAUUCUCUAUGUAAGUCAGUGGCUUAACAAUAAUACUCACUUAGAAAAAACUACACACAAGUGCUCCUCUGGACAAAAUCUUUUAUAUCCAGCUCUUUCCCCAUCUUCGUUAUCACAGCAUUGCACAAGUUCUGCAUGUUUCUCUUUUAACACAAAGAAAUUAACAGUUCUCAUUGCUUUCUUUCUUGCUUGCUUUCUUUAAAAUCUAUAUACAUGCUAUGCUAGACUCUCAGGUCCGUGUGGUUAAAGUCUUGAGAUAUGAAACCACUUCUCAUGUGCAAGUGAUUUAUGCUUUCGACUUAUCUUUAAUGCAACUGUUGGCUUAAGAGCAGCAAUAUACUUGACAAUAUUUUAUGAAACACUGAAAUAUGAUUUAUCUGAGAUUUAAUGUUAUACAAUAUUAUUCCAUAAAAUAAAAUGCUAUGCCAAAUA